AUGGCCGAUAAUGUCGACGCCAUCGCUACCAUGCCUGAACCACCGCCGAGCGACACGUCUAGUACCAGUUCGUACCACACAACCGAUGUCGUCGCAGGCAAGCCCACUGUAAUGACCUCCAACACACGGUUGCCUCGUGUCCGUGCUUUCGAGGGUGCGAAAUUCCGGAUCCACGACGGCACGCGUUGGAAGGUCCUGCAGCCAUUGACAAAAGUGGAUCUGCAACAAGAAUAUGUCCCCUGCGAAGGGUCACAGGUCUUCAGUUGCAUUAGCUUGGACAAGGCCAUCCGUUCGAAGUAUGGCACGGUUGCCGUUAAGAUUAGAUUCCAGGUUUGCGCUGAUCCCGACACCAUUGCGCAUCACCAGCAUCAGGUCCAGAGAUGCGCGGAUAUGUUGGCCAAGUUCCCAACCCAACCUAAUCGACACUGGCUCUCGAUCAGUGAGAAGAAGCUAGCCCUUUGCACACGUCCUGCUGCCAAGGUGAACGAUUGCACCCUUAGAGAGUGCAUUGCGCUUGAUCGUCUCACCAGUCGAGACUGUGAAUACACGCCUUGGAUGGAAGGAUAUGUUCGAAUGAAGCUCAGCUCCAAAUGCCACCCUGCAGCGAUUGGAGGUGGCUACUGUGUCUUCAUUGUCACGGAUAAACUCAAUGCCACCACCAUGUCCCAUGACGACUUUUGCCAGAUGUCGCUCAAGGAACGAGAUCGAAUCCGCGAGGCAAUCAAGACAGCGCUUUUGAGUGUCUGGGCUUGCUAUGUGCAGCCAUCUAAUUACAGCAUGAAAAACUUCCUGUGGGAUGAGAAGAAGGAACACUUCUACAUUGUUGGGUUCGAGAAUUGUCUGUUGCCAAGCCUGACUUCUGAGCCCCAAGCCUGGUCCGAUUCACACUUCGCGGCGUUGAACUUGACCGAGGAUCAGGUCUUGGCCUGUUGUCCGCAACCAUCCUGUCCGUAGUCUGGUCCAUUUAUACAUUGACACGCACACACUUACAACUUGGAGGAUGCGUUCCAAUGAAAUGACCAGCGCAUUUGACAAGCGUUACCAGUUUAUGGGGUAGGAGUCUUCACCAAAGAUGAGACUGGUGUACAC